GGCCGCGUCUACCCCGGCGACUGCCCGGCACCUGGCAGACGCGCGGCGGCGGGGGAGGCAGGAGGCGACCCUCGGGCGGCGGCGGGGGAGGGGCGCGGGCGCACAGAUGGGAGCAACUGAGAAGGGCGGCAAGAAGAGCCGGAGGCUGUUUUCUUCUCUGCGGCCGUGGAAGGCCACCCGGCGGCUGUGGAGGACGCGCUCGGCUUCCAAGGCAGCUCAGGGUGCCUCGUCUCCAGACAUGGAGCCCAGCUAUGGGGGAGGUCUCUUUGACAUGGUGAAAGGAGGUGCAGGGAGACUCUUCAGUAACCUAAAGGAUAACUUGAAAGACACCCUCAAAGACACAUCUUCGAGAGUUAUACAAUCUGUUACCAGCUACACGAAGGGAGAUUUAGACUUCACUUAUGUUACCUCCAGAAUUAUUGUGAUGUCCUUUCCUCUGGACAAUGUUGACAUAGGAUUCAGGAAUCAGGUUGAUGAUAUUCGAAGCUUUUUGGAUUCCAGACAUCUCGACCACUACACGGUGUACAAUCUAUCACCUAAGUCUUAUCGAACUGCCAAGUUUCAUAGCAGGGUCUCAGAAUGCAGUUGGCCCAUUAGGCAGGCCCCCAGUCUGCACAACCUCUUCGCUGUGUGUCGGAAUAUGUACAACUGGCUCCUACAGAAUCCUAAAAACGUCUGUGUUGUCCACUGCUUGGAUGGACGGGCAGCAUCGUCAAUUCUGGUUGGUGCUAUGUUCAUUUUCUGUAAUCUCUACUCUACUCCUGGCCCAGCUGUUCGAUUGUUAUAUGCGAAGCGACCAGGAAUCGGACUUUCGCCAUCCCACAGGAGAUACCUGGGCUACAUGUGCGACCUCCUAGCAGACAAACCUUACCACCCUCACUUCAAGCCUCUUACAAUUAAAUCAAUCACUGUCAGUCCAGUCCCUUUUUUUAACAAGCAGAGAAAUGGAUGUCGCCCUUACUGUGAUGUACUGAUUGGAGAAACCAAAAUAUAUACGACCUGUGCAGAUUUUGAACGAAUGAAAGAAUACCGUGUACAAGAUGGGAAAAUAUUCAUUCCAUUGAGCAUCACUGUACAAGGAGAUGUGGUUGUUUCUAUGUAUCACUUGAGGUCAACCAUUGGGAGCCGGCUACAGGCCAAGGUGACCAAUACUCAGAUAUUCCAGCUUCAGUUUCAUACUGGAUUUAUACCACUGGAAACAACAGUUUUAAAGUUUACCAAGCCUGAGUUGGAUGCAUGCGAUGUACCAGAAAAAUAUCCUCAGCUAUUUCAGGUGACUCUGGAUGUAGAACUGCAGCCCCACGACAAAGUGAUAGACUUAACCCCACCGUGGGAACAUUACUGCACAAAAGAUGUCAAUCCCAGCAUCCUCUUCUCUUCUCACCAGGAACAUCAAGAUACUCUGGUCUUAGGAGGACAGGCUCCUAUAGAUAUCCCUCCGGACAACCCCAGGCAUUUUGGUCAAGGGGGCUUCUUUUCCUCUCUCUGUUGGCAAGAUCAGAAAUCGGAAAAAUCAUUCUGUGAGGAGGACCACGCAGCCCUAGUGAAUCAGGAAAGUGAGCAAUCAGACGAUGAACUCCUGACCCUUUCCAGUCCACACGGCAAUGCCAAUGGUGACAAACAUCAUGGAGCCAGGAAGCCCAGCAAAAAGCAGCAGGAGCCAGCUGCCCCUCCACCCCCCGAAGACGUGGACCUUCUGGGCUUAGAAGGGUCUGCAGUGAGUAAGAAUUUCUCCCCGCCGGUGGCUCCUCCCACCAAUUCUGAACUUCUCAGUGACCUGUUUGGGGGUGCAGGUGUGGCUGGCCCUACCCAGGCUGGACAGUCUGGGGUGGACGAUGUGUUUCAUCCGACUGGACCUGCAUCUUCCCAAUCAACACCACGCCGAUCUGCCACCUCCACCUCUGCGUCUCCAACCCUAAGAGGAGGAGAAGGUGCCACCUUUGACCCAUUUGGAGCACCUUCUAAACCAUCAGGUCAAGAUUUGCUGGGUUCUUUUCUGAACACAUCCAGUGCUUCCAGUGACCCCUUUCUUCAGCCUACAAGAAGUCCUUCACCUACAGUGCAUGCAUCUAGUACACCUGCUGUGAACAUUCAGCCAGAUGUUUCAGGAGGUUGGGACUGGCAUGCUAAACCAGGAGGGUUUGGAAUGGGAAGCAAGUCAGCUGCCACCAGCCCAACAGGAUCGUCUCAUGGCACUCCCACUCAUCAGAACAAACCCCAGACUCUGGAUCCUUUUGCUGACCUUGGGACACUAGGUACAACUUUAACAGGUAGUUCUUCAUUUGCCAGCAAACCCACCACGCCAACCGGAUUGGGUGGAGGAUUUCCACCUCUCAGCUCGCCACAGAAAGCUUCUCCCCAGCCUAUGGGUGGAGGGUGGCAGCAGGGGGGUGGCUACAACUGGCAGCAGACACAGCCUAAGCCACAGCCCAGCAUGCCACACUCCUCUCCUCAAAACCGACCCAACUACAACGUGAGCUUCUCAGCCAUGCCUGGGAGCCAGAAUGAACGGGGGAAAGGAUCAACUAAUUUGGAAGGGAAGCAAAAAGCAGCUGAUUUUGAAGACCUACUUUCUGGUCAAGGUUUCAAUGCUCACAAAGAUAAAAAGGGGCCUCGAACAAUAGCUGAGAUGAGAAAGGAAGAAAUGGCUAAGGAAAUGGACCCUGAGAAAUUAAAGAUUCUGGAAUGGAUUGAAGGCAAAGAGAGAAAUAUCAGAGCACUUCUCUCUACCAUGCACACUGUGCUGUGGGCUGGGGAGACCAAGUGGAAACCAGUUGGCAUGGCAGACCUGGUAACGCCAGAGCAGGUGAAGAAGGUGUACAGGAGAGCUGUGCUGGUGGUGCAUCCAGAUAAAGCUACUGGGCAACCCUAUGAACAGUAUGCAAAGAUGAUUUUCAUGGAGCUCAAUGAUGCCUGGUCUGAAUUUGAAAAUCAAGGCCAAAAGCCCUUGUAUUAAUUUAUGAGCUUUUCCAUCUCAGCUGCAGACCUGUGUUAAUGCUUAGUGUGUGUCACAAUUCUGAGGUUUUCAAAGAUGAACCAAAAACUCCAGUAACAUGUAUCUUGUACUAAAUUGUUAAACUACUUGUGAACUAAUUCCUCACUGAUAAGGAAUGUAGAUGUUUGUUUUCUCAAGUCUGCCCCCCCACCCCCGACCCCCUAAAAAGUUGCAAAGCAAGGGAGGAACUUCUAGUCAGAAGACCCUGCAGAAUUACAACAUUCCAGCCUGUCCUUUGGGGAGACAACUCAGCACAUCAUGAGGAAAUAGAAAAUAGGGGCCACUGAAAGCAUGACACCCAUCUCAUUGUCUGGAAAUACGAUUAAUGAGCAGAAGUUAUAAUAAUAGGAUGACAUGAUGGAUUUUAAUGGUUUUUAGAUUUUUUUGGAAAGCUGUAAUUUGAGAAGAAAUAUAGACACUAGUAUUUUUUUUUAAUGGAAAUUUACUAUGGUCUUUAGCAUGGCAUUGUAUACUUCUUUUGAUCAAGAGGACUAACAGAUGCAAAAGAGCUCGACUUGUGGGAAGUGUGCAAUCUAGUUAUUACUACCAACUCUUCCUGGAUAAGCUAAAAAUUAGUGAAAAUGUUGGCUAAAGAAAAUAGGGAUGCUUGAGAUCUAGAAAUCUUUAUUCCUGGUCAGAAAGUUGGGUUGCUACCUUCCUUUCCCUUUAGAAAACUGUGGUUGCUUAAUGAAAAAGUCUUAAUACCAUUAACAACAACUCAGUCUGAUUUGAAAGAAACUUCUAAAUUUGCCAUAAGGCUUAAUGCUCUUCCUUUUGCUUAGCCACGAAAAUGUUCUUAGCUUGUUAUAAAGCAGUUUGGCGCAUUCAGGACUGAUAUCUAGUAUGGACUCAGUGUCCUGUAGGUUUGCGAAUAGUUGUGGUAAGAGAAUAGAAGACGGCACUUAACACAAGUAACCAGACAGGUACAGUUGUGUUGAGAGAGCUGUGCUUACCUUCAGACCAAGUUAGAUGGCUUAUCGGAAUUUCCAUGUUCCACUCCCCACCUGUUGAAACUGGACCCUUUGGAUUAUUGCCAUGGGUUUAUUAUUUUUAAAGUCAUUGGGGAUUCACAGGAACAACCUUCACAUAGAGACAUCUAUGAAAGCAAAGCAAGAGUGAAACCUUUGCAGACUUCACACUGGUUGGAUUUUAGUUCAGUGUUUCGGCUGUUUCUGAUUCAUAGGGGUAAAUAGUUGUUAUCCUGUGGCUUUAGUAUAUCUCUUUUGGUGUGCACACACACAGUGUGCAUAGUAUAUAUAUGCAAAGAAGAUGGGCAAAAAGAUUUCCACGCUAAUUUUAAAAGAUUCAUGCUCAGUAUUGUGAAGAACUUUCAAAAAUUGUUUUUCAAAGACAAUCAUUUUUUUGUUUCUAUUUUAAUUUUCUUGUGGCAAACCGUACUGGAAAGGCAGCAUGUCAAAAAUGCUUUAUGUUCUUUAGGGAACUCUCUCUCUCUCUCUCUUUUUUUUUUUGGUUACAAGGGUUCAUUUUUUAUUUUAUCUUUUACUGACAAUGUAAAACUCGCAAAAAAAAUGUUCUUUUUAAAUAUACAGCUGUAAACUGUUCGAGGUAACCAUAACAAACUAGAUGUUAUUUAUUAACGUAUUAUAAAAUGUUUGAUCCAGUAUGUGCUUGUCUUAUUUAAAAUUGGAAUGUGAGAUAUGUUGCUUUGACCUGUUUUUUUCCUCAUUCACAUUUGUAGAUAUUGUGUGAACUACAGUAUAUAAUGAUAAUAAUUAAAAGGAUAUUAUGUGAAUGUCGUGUACAUUUUGAAAUGAUAGAACUAUAUUAGCUUUGUAUCAUGUUUGGAUAAUUCAUCAAUUUCACGGUUUAAAACAUCAUUAAACAUUAUGUAAUUAGCAAUGAGAAAGAAUCUUACUUAACUUAAAUUUGGGUCUCCCCAUCUCUUUUCCAGAUACACUAUAACUCUGGACCCCUGUCUAUUUCAAAACCCUUAACAUAUGCAGACCAACAGGUUGUUGCAUUCCUUUUAAAUAUCUGGUUGUGACAGAGCUUCUUGUUGAUCAGAUUCACCAUUUCAUUCAUAUUUAUUGUAAUAUAUUUUUGUUUUGUAAAUAUGUUACACACAACAAAAUGUGAUUGGUCUAAAAUAUUUGUAAUGAAUAUUAAAAGGCUCAAAAAUA